AUGACUUCCAUCCUACUACUGAGUAGGGAAAACAAGUCAAAAAGAGGAGGACUGGUCCGAUGCGUAGGAAUGUUGGGUCGGGAUUGGACAUGCAUCGGACUGUCGGAAAGUUAUCAUGCAUACACAGCAAUAGACGCACGCCGAGCAGAGAUUCAUGUCGAACAAUUCGCUUACCAGGACAUCAUCAAACACAUCGCAACUGGAGGCUACUGGUACAAUCCAAAUGUCAAGAAAUGGAUUCACGGAGGAGAGCAGGUCAUAUCUUAUCUUGGCAAGCACCCAGAACGAGCCCACCUUCUUGGUAUAUCGAGUAUCAUUUGCGAACCCCUACUGCCUGGCUCUGGAAACACUGAGACCAGUCAUGAACGCAACCGGGAAAGCACAAAGAGCAGAGGCAGUCAAAUGGAGCGAUACUCGCUGCGCAAAGAUCCUUGGAACUACUCACUUGAGUACUUCUUACUAUUGUGGCAAAUCGCUUGUGACGAGCACAGGAGAACAGGCUGGCCUGGACAGUCAUGUCAUUUUCCGAAGAUCAGGAAAGAUGUCUAUUGGACGUAUCUGCGAAAUUCUUAUAUCGCUGGACACCGGUACAACCGUGGAACAAGUCUCAUUGCAGCACUUUUCAUUUGGACCUGCAUUACAUCCUUCACUUUUUCUACCAUGUCUACAACUUAUGGAUGA